ACGGUAAUAGAGGGCGAGGAUGGAGACGGGAGAAACGGGGAGAAGGAAGAACAACAUGCAGAGAGAGUCGCUCCACAUUAAAUGUAGAGGAUCGCGCUCGUAGCGGGACGGCAGGUGGCGCAGUGGUUAGCGCUCUUUCAGGCGUGGGUUCGAGUCUCGCUCCUGCUGACUGUGGGAGCCUCGAUUCGGUCGCUAACAGUGUGCGGAUGCAAUUAAAAAGCCCUGCUGUCUGCCUGAAAGGGAAAGUCGCAGCUCUAAACAAAGCCUGUCUGUCUCACCCUGAGUGUGUGUCAAGCAGCUGCAAGCCACAGUUUGCACAGUGGCUCGUUGAGCAGGUGGAUAGCGGAUCGUAUGAGGGGCUGCGCUGGGUGGCCAAGGACAGGUUCAGGAUACCCUGGAAGCACAACUCUAGGAAGGACUGCAGCGAUGAAGACUGCAGGAUAUUCAAGGAGUGGGCAGUGGUCAGUGGGAAAUAUUUUGAAAAUGUGAGCGAUAAAGCAAAGUGGAAGACCAACUUCCGCUGCGCCCUCAACAGCCUCAAGCAGUUUGAGAUGGUCGAGGACCGCUCCAAGGAGUCGUCGGAUCCGCACAAGGUGUACCAGAUCGUCCACAGCGAAUAUAAAGAUCAGAACAACCGGGACAUCACAACAAAUUAUGAACAUCCUGUUAUACAGAAAAUCUUCACUGACACCCCCGUUAUCCCUCUGGAGCAGGGACUGUUAUCUGAAAUGGACUCCCUGAACUUGAGCACCCAGCCGACAGUUUACCUGAAUGACACCUGUGCAAACACUUGCUCACCAGCAGAGCAGCUGCUGUGGGAGGUGUCCUGUCCCAUGAACGUUCAUCCAACGGAGAUGGCCUAUUCCCACCAGCCAAUGCACGUGGAGCCUUUUCAUCCAAAUGAUGUGGCGGAGUCAGUCUGCUGCCCAGUAGGCCAGGUUCCGGUGUACGGGGCACCAGCCCUGCCUGGCAUCCAGGAGCUGGAGAUCAGCGUGCACUACAGGAGAAAGGAGGUGCUGAAGGAGCGGGUCAUGAGCCACCAAGUGCAGCUACAUUACCGCUCGGAGGACCAGGCCUUUGGGGCUCAAUCCAUCUGCCUCCCUGGUACAGAGAACAUUCCGGACCGAAAGCAAGCUCACUUCACCCAGCAGAUCCUCAACAACCUCCAGCAAGGCCUGCUGCUCGAGGUGAGGCAGACGGGCAUCUACGGGCUGCGCCAGGACAGGUGUCACAUGUACUACUGCUCCACAAACCCCGCAGAGAUAAAGAACCCCGAACCCAACGAGCUGCACAGGAACCGAGCGGUGGAACUGCUCAGCUUCGACAAGUUCAUCCAGGACCUGAACGAGUUCAAAGAAAACAGACGGGGGUCUCCGGAUUAUACUGUCUACCUGUGCUUCGGAGAGAAGUUCCCCGAUGGAAAGCUCAUGGAUAAGAAGUUAGUUACUGUUAAGGUGGUGCCCCUGAUUUGCCGCUACUUCCACGAGAUGGCACAGAUGGACGGCGCCUCCUCCCUGGAGAAUGGCACCGUUAGCCUGCAGUUCUCCAACAGCCUCUUUGACCUCAUCAAUUCUACCUUUGGCCUCCCGUCGUCAAGCUCCUCCCCAUGAGGGGGAGGUGUCCAUCCUCUGGACCACAGAUCAACAGAAGGGAGGAGACCCCCUCAUCCUUAUGGUUCACCUUAUUCUCCAGCCACUGUUUCAAACAUAAGAUCUUACAAUUGCUGUUUAGUGUGACAAUAUGUGACACGAUACACAGGGGCUCUUAAUCGCAGUUGGGAGCAGAAGGCGGUCUCCGAUUCCUUUUGUUUGUAAUUCCAAAGUGACUUUUACUAGUAAGUCACAAUCAAAAAAAAGACAUUCCGU